AUGGCGUUUCAUAAUAAAAAUGUAGUCAGCCAUUUUCAGUUGAAGAUGUGGGUGAGGGUAUCACAAGAUUUUAACUUUGCACGUGUGAUGAAGAAAAUUGUUCAAAUCAUAACUGAUUCUCCUUGUGCUGACUUAAAGAAGCUCCUUCAAGAAAAAUUGCAUGGUAAGAGAUUUUUGCUCAUCUUGGAUGAUGUAUGCAGUUGUGAUAACCGAGAUUGGGUUAAGUUCUUCAAGUUCUUGAGAGGCGGUGGCAACGGAAGUAAGAUUGUAGUGACUACACGUAACAAGUCAGUCGCUUCAACUAUGGGCACCAUUCCUACGUACAAUUUACAGAGUCUUUCCGAUGAAGAUUGCCAUGAAUUGCUUUUGAAAUGGGCAGGUCACGAAAAAGUUGGGAAACAACAUGGGUUCAUUCAAUCGUCUGGCCUAAAUCAUGAGUUGGAAGAUGUUGGUGAUGAAUAUUUGAAUCAAUUGUGUUCCAUAUUUUUCUUAGAAAAGAUUGAACAACAUGGCAAUUUAUUAAAUACAUGUAGAAUGCCAGAGAUUGUUCAUGAUCUUGCAGUAUUGAUGGCAAAUGAAGAAUGUUCAAGUACUGCAAAUUAUGGUUCUGGAUCGAUUUCUGAGAAGGUCAAGCAUGUACCAUUUCGUGAUUCUAAUUGUUCAAGGGAAGAAGAGGUCACAAAGUCAUUGUUCGAACUAGUGAAUCUACGAACUAUUUUUUUGUCAUUUCAAGGAGUGGGAGCCAAUGACACAGGUUUUGUUGACAGGUGCAUCUCAAACUUCAAGUACCUACAUGUGCUUGAUUUGAGCAACUCAUGUUUUCAAGUAUUGCCACAUUCCAUUGGUAAUUUGAAGCAUUUGAGAUUUUUAGACCUUAGUGGGAAUGCAAAUAUUGAUACACUCCCUAAUGCCAUUUGCAAACUGUACCAUUUGGAAACUUUGCGAAUUUGGUAUUGUAUUAAAAUCCGAGAGUUGCCCAAAAACAUAGGCAACUUGAUCAGUCUCAGACAUUUGUACUUAACCACACAACAGAGUUGUUUGCCAGAGAAAGAGAUCCAACGCUUGACCUCUCUCCAAUCCUUUUGUAUUACGGGAUGUGGAAACCUUACAUCUUUUCCUGAAGGGAUGCAACUCCUUGUUGCACUCAGAACAGUGAUGAUUUCAGCGUGUCCCAAUUUGACAUGUUUGCCAAGUACCAUGAAGAACCUAGCUAAGUUGGAGAAUCUCGAGAUCAGCAAUUGUCUGAAUCUUAACUUGACAGAGUGGGAGGACUUUAGAGGCCUGAGGAGGCUUCAAUAA